AUGACUUUCAAUCCUGUUGUUGUUCAGUUGCUAAGUCAUGUCCAACUCUCUGUGUCCAAUUUCUUUGUGACCCCAUGGGCUACAGCACGCCAGGCUUCCCAGUCCUUCACCAUCUUUUUCAAACUCAUGUCUAUUGAGUCAGUGAUGCCAUCCAACCAUCUCAUCCUCUGUCAUCCCCUUCUCCUCUUGCCUUCAAUCUUUCCCAGCAUCAGCGUCUUUUCCAGUGAGUCACCUCUUCGCAUCAGGUGGUCAAAGCAUUGGAACUUCAGCUUUAGCAUCAGUCCUUCCAAUGAAUAUUCAGGGUUGAUUUCCUUUAGGAUUAACUGA